UCGAUAAAACAGAAUGCGGUCAUACUGAAAACAACUUUAAACCGCGCCGGCUAUUUGUUGCAUUUAUUUAGGAAAUAUAAGAAACUAAGCAAUAAUGCGAGUGCUAACAGAGCCCAAUCACACUAUCUCCUUGACCGAAGAGAUCCUCUGCUACGAACUAUGCGGCAACGAGUUCGCCUACAACCUGUUGGCCGUGGCACUGAAGGACCGCUUGCGCCUGCUCCUCGUUGGACUCCCGGAGGAGACCGGAGAGUUUGGGUACACACAUCUGCUGGAUCUGGAGCUGGACCGGGUUAAAAAUGACGUUGUUGACGUCAGUGCCAUCGCCUUUGCGCCGGACACAUCGCUCAACUGCACGCCCAAAAAUGUGACUCUAUGCGCUGCCCGCGGCGAUCUUCUGCACAUCUUCCGCACCGAUCUGGGCCAGUACAAUACCGUGCAUAAGCUGCAAGGCCACAAAGACUACAUUAACGAUAUCGCCUGGGUCUGUGAGGGCAACCUGCUGGCCUCUGUAAGCGACGACUUCACCUGCCGCUUCUGGAGCACGGCCGACGAGCAAAAUGUUAUCACCUUCCGCUUGACAUCCGCCGGAAUGUCGGUCAAGGCCCAUCCCGAUGAUCCCACCAAGGUGCUGGUGGCGGAGAAAAAAGGCAUCAUCCGACUGUACAAUGUGAACAGCAAGCAGGCCGUCAUCUCGGUGCAGUCGCCCAAAUUUCCGCUCAUGUCCGCCGAUUGGGCAUACAGCAACCGGUAUUUUAUUACGGCCCUGGCUGGAGGCGAUGUGGUUACCUGGGACCUCACCAGACCCGUUGUGCCCGCCGAUGUGAAGCAAGUGCAUGAGGAUGGCGGACGGUCGGUUCGCUUUGCCCCAGGAAGCUCGGAAAUGGUACUCGCCAGCAUCGGACGACCGGAUGUGACGCUCAAAGUCUUUGCGGCCAAAUCAACUAUGCCAUUAAUCGAGGCCACCCUGAAGACGUUCGGUGGAAUGGCAUGGCACCAGAGAUUGCCGUACAUCAGCGCCGUUUCUGACCGGGAUCUGCAUUUCUGGAAGGUGCAAAUGAAGUAGAGUUUAUGCUUUAAAAUAAUAAAGUAUAAAUAUUUUUUUA